AUGGCGCCAAUGAAAACCCAAAAUUUGAAUUACAGUAGUAAUUACGGCGAGGCCGUUGCCCAGAAGGUCAAUGUCCUUGCCUCUUGCUACAUCGUCGACUCUGUCGCCAACCUUAAGGGCCUCCACUACUGCACUACCGGGGGGCCGAGUGGUAUUCCUGAGGUCCCUUCCUCAGGCCUACCCUCCCCUCGGACAAGUCCCCCCCUCGCCGCACUAACCUCGUCUAACGAGCUCGCCCUUCUGCCCAAGAGCAAGAAGCGCGAGAUCCCAGGCCGGCGCCUGGCCCGACGAGGGGGGGCAGCACUCUCGAUCAGGGAAGAAUGUGAGAGAUUCUUCUGCGAGUCCAUGAAGACGACUUUCCACGGUGAGAGGAAUUCGUCGAUGAAUGGCUCCGGCCUGUCUGGUGCUUAUUUGCAAACGCCGCCGCCCGAUGACCGGCUUCCCGAACACUUCAAGCAGCUCUCCGACGACAAGCUGCCCGGCUACGACAUUACUGCCUGGUUGGAGAUGUGGGACUAUGCCGGCGGUGCGAGCUUCCGUGCCUUUGUCGCUGACGACGGAGAGGAAAAGACCCUCUUUGUCUUCUUCGACAUCCAAGGCGUUCUUGGCCGAGAUCUGAAAAAGGCUCUCAUGGCCCUUAUCGAACUGGCUGACGGUCCUCUGGACUGCUCCCACAUUGUCACUUGCAUUGAUAGGCGCAUCCCUGUGGAUGAGGCGCGGUCUCUGUCCAAGAGUCUUCAGUGGGUUGGCUUCGACAUGAUUACCCUUGAUCACUGGGCUCAUGACCUCGACGUCACGAGCAAGAGGUGGAUGUUGAUGGGUAUGGAGCUGUAG